AUGGUGACUCCUGAACCCGUGUGUGAGGACGUGAAGGAUAAAAUAAUAGACUGCUACAACUUAAGUCAUCCAGAUGAAAUUAUCAAGUGUUGGGAUACGAUAGGCGAAUUCUCACAAUGCGUCCAAGAUGCUGGCACUAAAAGACUUCACGCUCGUAACGAGAGGGACGCGCGUGAAACUGCACGUCGGUCCCGCUACGUGGCGAGGGCUCGCGAACACGCUCUUAAAGAGCUGUCUAGUGACGAUGAACAGAAAAGAAAAUUA